AUGUCAUUUGUGAAAAAAUAUGUUUCUACUGUACAACAACCACAUUCAACGUCGUCUUCAUUCAAUAUUAAACUUAACGGUCAACAACAGCAGAGGAUUAAUUCAUCCGUGACUGAUUCACUAUUAAAUGAUUAUGAAAAAUUGAAAGAAAUUUUACAAACACGACUAUUUCAAAAUACAUUUGAUUUAUAUCAAAAAAUGGUUGGUGUAACAGUAGAAACACAUUUAUUUGAACAACAGCCACCGUCCAAUUCAUCAACACUUUCUUCAACUUCAUUUCCCGAUGUUAUUCUAACACGUAGUAAUAGUACAAUAACAACCGAUUCUUUAUCACAAAAAACAACAUUAGAAUUAAAAUGUGAACAAAAUAAUGAUACAAUAUCAAUUAUAUCGGAUAAUAUUCGACAAAUAUGUUUUGAUACUCUUCUAAAUGAAUUAAUCGAUUAUAAAUUAACAAAAACACAUAAUGAAUGGAAUGAAUUAUUAGAAAUAUUAAAUAAUCAAAUAUUUCGAUCAUUGGGUACAACAUAUGAUCAAACGUAUGAUCGUAUAACAAAUGAACAAAAUAUUAAACAAAGAAUAAUUAGCAGAACAUCAUCGAUAAAACAUGAUGAUAAGAGUAACACUGACAAAUUUUGUGAAGAAACAAAAUUGAUCAUUAUUUCAACCGAUUCUCCUCAAUCAACUGAAAAUUUAGAAGAAAUUCAUGAUGUUAUUCUACCACUCUCAUCAUCUUCGUCGUACUCUCAGACAAUGAUUAUUCAAAGUACUGGUGAUGGUCAUAUUUCUACAGAUCAAGAAAAUCAUAAACUUUAUGCAUCAAAACUUGAACAAUAUUCAAGUCAAAAAUUAAAAAUCGUCCGUAUCGAUAAACGUCUCGAUGAACCAUUAGGUUGUACCAUUCGUUCAGAAAAUGAUUCAGUUUUUAUUUCACGUAUAAUUAAUGGUGGUAUAUGUGAUCAAGAUAAAAGUUUAUUUCAAAUUAAUGAUGAAAUUCUUGAAAUUAAUUUUCAUUCUAUUCGAGGACGAACAGUUAAUGAUGUUGUUGAACUUAUUCAACGUUUACAUGGAAAAUUAAUUUUUAUUAUUUUACCAUGUGAACAACAAAUAAAUUCAGCAUUUAUUUCUGAUUCAUUUUUAACUAAUUUUUAUAUUCGUACUCUAUUUAAAUAUGAUCCUGAUGAUGAUCUUUAUCUACCAUGUAAAGAUUUAGGUUUAUUCUUUUCUUAUGGAGAUAUUUUACAUGUUGUUAAUCAACAAGAUAUAAAUUGGUGGCAAGCAUAUAGAGUUGAUGAAGAUGAAACACAACAAUUAGCUGGCCUAAUACCAUCACAAAUAUUUCAAGAAAAACGUUUUCAAAUGAUUAAAACAUUAUUAGAUGAUAAUGAUGAAAAUAGAGAUGAUUUAAAGAAGAAAAAAUUAAAAAUGAUUCGUUCAUGUUGUAGAAAAUCCAGUGAACAACAGCAACAAUAUGAAAUGAAACAACAAACAAUACAAACAAAAAACUCAUUAUGUGAUAUUUUUACUUAUAUUCAUAUUCAAUGGUAUAUACCACGUUCCGAUCGUAAACGUCCCAUUGUUCUCAUUGGUCCAUCAUCAAUUGGUCGUCAUGAACUUCGACAACGUCUUAUGCUCUCAUCUGAUUUAUCAUCAAUUAUUGAUGUUGCUGUUCCACAUACAAGUCGUACAAGAAAAUCAUAUGAAAUUGAUGGUAAAGAUUAUUAUUUUAUAUCACGAAAUAUUUUUGAACAACAAAUUCAAGAUAAAAAAUUUGUUGAAUAUGGUGAAUAUGAAAAAAAUCUUUAUGGAACAUCAAAAGAAUCAAUUGAAAAUUGUUGUAAUAAAUUAAAUAAAAUUUGUAUAUUAAAUUUAUAUCCAGAUGCAUUAUUAUCAUUAAGAAAUUCAAAUAUAUUACCAUAUAUAAUUUAUAUUCAACCACCAAAUUUAGAAAAAUUAAAAUUAUUAAAAAUAAAUGAUCAAACAAUACAAAUGAAAGAUAUUGAUUUUCUUGAUGUUAUUGAAAAAGGUCAUCAAAUAGAAAUGAAAUAUGGUCAUUUAUUUGAUAAAACAUUAUGUAAUAUAGAUAUGGAACAAACAUAUCAACAAUUAAAAACACUUAUUCUUGAUAUUCAAUACAGACCAAUGUGGAUACCAACAUGUUGGUUUUCACAAACAAUUUUAGACUAA